AUGUCUACAAGAAGCGGUAGGAUAAGACAAAGUUUAAUUGAAACAAGCCCACCGCGCACUCGGAAAGGAGUUUCACCGACGCGCUCUCCCGGUAGAACUAGGAAAAGUUCGCCAACAGCACGUUCUGCCCAAAAAUCUCCGUCGCGUAAGUCACCAAGCCGUAAGCCUACACCUAAGUAUCCAGCCAGAAAGUCACCUAGAGCCGUUAAGGAAACUAAAGAGGAAAAAGUAUCGCCAACAAAAAGGCCAACUAUUAGACAGAAUGCUGAAGUAAAACUACUUAAUAUUUCUUCCAAACUUGAGGUUCUUAAAACAACACGAACACGUCGAUCAGAAUAUAUUAGUGACGAUGCGACUUCUUCAGUAUCAAGUACGGAGCAGGUACUGUUGGAUAAAGUGAAUGGUUUAGAUAACGUGUCCUCACUUCCUGACUUAUAUGAACUGAGGAACAGACGAGUGUCUGAAGAUUCAGGGCGUCGAAGGUCGAGCCGCUUUAAAGACGUAUUAGACAAUGUGGCGGAGAUUAAACGGAGUUUGAGCAAAUCCCAUAGUAAAUCUAUGAGCAAGUCUGUAGACAAUUAUUCAGAUGAAGAAAUUGAAGAGCCGAUAAAGGAAAAAUCACAUUCGGUUACCAGAAAACUCUCAACUCCUCUACCGAGUUCUACAACACUAGCACAGAUAAAUGACAAAUAUGAUUUCAUGGGUUUAACGGGCUCCACCGUUUUAUAUAUCAAGAGCUUCAACAACCAGGAUAAUUUGAAUACUUAUGGUAAUUCUGGACAUUUUCUCUACGACUUCUUUAUGGGCAGAAAGAUACAUGAUAGAUUCUGGAAGAUCAAUAUUAAGCUGUGGUUAGCGAGAACAAGUAAUAUCACCGCGCUUAUUCUAACAAUAAUAAUGUUUGAACAUGGAUUUAAGAUACAAGGACAAAUAAGUGGUCUGAAAUGGGAAUCUUUGAAAGAAAUUGCCGACAAAGUCCAGUUGAAACCAACUGUGCUUGUAUAUGCCGGGAUGCAAAUGAUAUAUAUAUUAUAUUUCAUUAUAAAAGAGAAACAAGUAACUACAACAUUUUAUUGGCAUUCCGAGGGCUUGGGAUACCUUCAAACAGUCUCGAGUACUUUGUACCCAUUUUUAUUCACAACAAUAUCCAAAUAUAUUAUCGACUCAGAAGUAUCAAUGCCCUACUAUUUACUUGUAACGGCCACUAUAGUAUAUUCCUUGGGAUUCUUAUUAUUACUCGCAAGUAAUAAUAUAAAAUAUGAAUUUAGAGAAAAUCCUCUACAACCCAAAGUGAUAAAUUUAGAGUCAAUGCCAACGUUUCACGGUAAAAAGCUGUUAACUACACACAUGUGGGGAAGAUUGCGCCAUCCGAACUAUGCCGGCGACAUAUUGAUACAUACAGCACUUGCGUUGCCUGGUGUACUCUCAAAACAGAUACUAGCUUGCGCCCCGGCUAUCAUCACUAUAUUGGUGCUCCUUCAUCGUUCGUGGCGAGAUCAUAAGAGAUGCAGAAAACGCUAUGGUGCAGCUUGGCAUAGAUACUGCAUGAAAGUACCAUCGAUUCUCAUACCAAAAAUAUUCUAA